AUGCCUUCCUCAUUCUCCUCUAGUGAGCGCUCCGGCUCAGUCAAGUCGCAUCACAGCCCCAAGAGCUCGCUACAGAGCAAGGCCGACCCCAACAUGGCCCUAUAUGAAGAGCAACCUAUUGCUGUCAAUACCCAGCCAGGAACCCGGGACACUUUCUCUCUCAGAAGCAUCCAGCACAAGGACCGCGAGGGCAAGAUCAUCACCGACCCCGAUCUCUCCAACCCCACAAGAAGCCGUCUCGAGCGUCCCCUAGACACAAUUCGGUCGUUCGACGCAGCCAUUGAUGCGCACAGGAAGCAAAACAGGAUGUGA